AUGACCGAUCUAGGUCACGAUCUCGAGAACGCCGACACAGCUCCCCUCACAGACGAAGUCCUCCACACGGUAAACCAUAGUUCAAAAUGGGCCGACUACCAACGGGACCGUCCCAAGGAGAAUUCAAUUUUCGUGGCCGCGCCCGGAGUCCAGAUCGAAGACGUGACCGCAGCUAUGAGAGACGCAACCAUUAUUAUGAUGAUGAUCGCAGCUCACCGUCCUCUCGCCGAGGCGGAUCGUCAUACUAUGAUCGAGACGACCCUCGCUCCGCUUCACGAGACCAUCGCAGUCGAAGUCGAAGCAGACACCGCACACCGUUUUCUCGGCUUUUCGAAACAGAUCUCCUCGGAACUCAAACAAUACUACCAUGCCGAAGGUGUUGAAGAUGUUCGGGUCAUUCGCGACAAGCAAACCAGGCAAUCUAGGAGAUUUGGUUUUCUCCGUUUCGGCAAAUUGCAAGAGGCGGAAGAUUUCAUGGAUCGCAAUUACCCUAUCAUCUACCUGUACGGUGACGGCAACAAGUCCAACGGAGAUGCUUCCAAAGUUCGGAUCACCUUCAGUCGAGAGCGGAAAGACCCACGCAGGAGCGAUGACCCGGACUGGAUUUGCGAUUCUUGUCUCAUUAACAAUUUCGCGACCCGAGAUCGCUGCUUUAGAUGUCAGGCUGAGAAACCAGAGCACCCGACCUACGCUGCCACCAAACCGCCCAACGUGGGAGACAACGAUGCUUCUCCAGACAACCACCCCUCUCAAUUCCUUCUGUUACGAGGCCUGGAACCUUCCAUGUCUGAGGAAUUGCUGGUAAAGGGAGUAGGGAAACUUAACAAGCCAAACCCGUCAACGGCUCAACGAGAUGAAACACCUGCGAAAAAGGGCGCCAAAGUCGCAUCCACUACCGGUGAUGCGAAUCUUGGUGCCAAAGAAGGUACACUGCGACGAGUUCUGCUUGUACGGGAUCGAAGAACCAACGAGAGUUGGCGGUAUGGUUUUGCAGAGUAUGCUUCGAUUGAGGAUGCACAAGCCGCGCUGAUUCGGUACAAUUCUUUUGAGCGGUUUACCAUCGCCUCGAAGCAGGUCCUGGUCAGCUAUAUACAUGCCGGCGUUUUCGUUCCCGUAUUGAACCCGACCCCAGACAUUGAGCGCUUCUGUUUCAGCCCCGUAGGCAACCCAGCCAUGAAGCUGGCGUAUUGGGAUGAAGGGGCUUAUGUGAAAGAAUUGGCUGUCUCGAUGCCAACCACGGCCCGACAGGAUACGAAGAAUGCCUCGACCACGCGCACAGAUGUAGGCACUAAACCGACCAAAGACGCAGAGAAGGCCAAGAAGCGAAAGGCUCUAUCAGACGUCGAUGCAACUGGAGUCAAAAAGACGGUGCCACCGCACCUCCAAUUCUGGAGUAAUCGCCAUGCGGAGCUGCAUGGCAUUAAAAAGAAAUCCCACGAUAGGGAAGACUCGAGAUCAACUGAUGGGAAUGAGAGUGCAGAUGCACCGCCCUCGCAAUCCUACGCUGAUCCGAAUCGGCAUUGCUGUUAUCUCUGCAUGCGCCAAUUCAACAACGCAGCAGAAGUCAAUAAGCACGAGCGUCUGAGUGACUUGCACCGCUCGAAUCUACAGGACGAACUGAAAGUCAAAAAGGCACAAGCGAAAUUGGCGAAGCACGGGAUCCAACGUCAGUUUGUGAUGGCCGCGGCAAAACCUGUUCAGGAAUAUCGCGAUCGAGCAAAGGAGAGACGCAAGAUCUACGGUGUAGUCAAUAAGAAGGGCGAACAGGUUGGACAGGCACCGAGGUCGUCACGCGCAUCCUCGGACGAUGAGGGCCCGCAACCUACCGUCCAGUCCAAGGGCGCUUCAUUGCUCAGCAAAAUGGGCUAUACUGCGGGACAAGGACUUGGUGCUUCUGGGGAGGGGAUGACCGCACCAAUAAGCCAGGAUGUCUACGUUGCUGGAGUUGGCCUGGGUGCGCAGGGCGGGAAACUCGGCGAUGCGAUUGUUGAAGCGGAGCGAAACACCAAAGGUGACUAUAGUGGGUUUUUGGAAGAGGCUCGACAGAGGGCCAGGGAGAGGUAUGCGAGGAUGGAAUAG